AUGCGUCCGAACGCAGUUAAACUUCUUCUGGCGUUUGCCUCGGGCUUGGGCCUGUCCGAGUGCUCCCCAUGCCGUCCUAACGUUUCGUCUCCUUCCGUGCGCCUCUCUAACGGCACCUACGUUGGCGUUAGAAACGAGCAGUACGCGCAGGACUUGUUUCUGGGUAUCCCCUAUGCUCAACCUCCUAUUGGAUCCCUCCGCUACGCACCUCCUCAGUCUCUCAACGAGUCGUUCAAAGAACCACGUACCGCCACCGAAUAUGGCUGGAUGUGCAUCGGAUACGGCUCUGAUACCGCGAACCUCGGCAGCCCAGUCUCGGAGGACUGCUUGACCAUCAACGUCGUCCGUCCGGCCGGAACGAAGCCAGGAGAUGACCUCCCCGUUGGCAUUUGGGUUCACGGAGGCAGCUAUGUCAACGGUGGCUCACGUGAUCCGAGAUAUAACCUGAGUUAUAUCGUCGAUCAAUCCGUCAAGGAUGGCAAGCCUAUCAUUGCGGCGUCCAUCAAUUAUCGCCUGAGCUACUGGGGAUUCCUCUUCAGCCAGGAACUGCAAGAUGAGAAGGCGGGCAACAUUGGCUUCAAGGACCAGCGUCUUGCCCUGCGCUGGCUUCAGGAGAACAUUGCUCCUUUCGGCGGCAGCCCUGACAAGGUCACCAUCUGGGGCGAGUCUGCCGGUGCCCGUGCUCUGGGCAUGCAGCUGAUUGCCUACGAUGGAAAGCACGAUAACCUCUUCCGCAGCGCCAUCCUUGAGAGCGGUAGCUCUGUCGCCAAGUUCGUCGGUGCUGACGCCUGGCAGCCGUACUUUGAAGCCCUCCUGCAGAAGACUUCGUGCACUGACGCGAGCGACCGCCUGAACUGCCUGCGAGAACUUCCAUGGCAAACUCUUAACGCCAUCUUCAAUGGCACGAACCCUCUCAACGUCACUGCCCCCCCUAUCAGCGCCGUUAUCGACGGCGACUUCAUCACGGCGUCGGCACCUACCCUCUUGCGCGAGGGCAAGUUCGCCCCCGUUCCUCUGCUUCUCGGAAACAACUUUGAUGAGGGUACAGGAUACGCAAAGCAGGGCAUCAACACGGAAGAGCAGUUCGAUGCCUGGCUUGCGAGCAGCGUGCAGGCGGACGCCACUCAGGCCGCGGCCCUUAAGGAGCUGUACCCCGAUGACCCUGCCGUCGGCAUUCCCGCCACGGUCACCGAGCGUCCUACCGGAACUGCGUUCGGCACCCUGUGGAAGCGUGUCUCGGCCGUCGCAGGAGACUACCAGCAGCACAGCGGAAGAAGGCUCCUUGCCAGCACGUAUGCCGAGACCGGAAUCCCCGUGUACUCGUACCUGUGGAAUGUCUACGUGAACGGUGUCCCAUGGGCGUACGGUGCUACGCAUUUCCAGGAGGUUGCCUUUGUGUUCAACAACGUCAAGGGACUGGGCUAUGCCGCCAAUCCUUUCGAGGGCAAGCCCGAGUCGUACGUCCAACUGGCGGACUUGAUGAGCAGGAUGUGGGUGGCUUUCAUCAACGACAUCGACCCUAACCUGCCCGCGGCGAACGGUCUUACUUGGCCCUUGUACACUCCCGCGCAGCCGGAUAACCUGGUGUUCGAUGCCAACUACACCAACCUGGGCUAUGUUGAAAAGGACAGCUACAGGGCGACGGAGAUUGCGUACAUGCAGGAGAACCUAUACAAUUAA